AAAUUAUUAAAACGUAUGUUAGGUUCUGGCAGCAACACAAGGGAGCGGAAGAGGAGCAGCCGGUAUAUAAAGCGAGUGGAUCCUAUGGCAGCGGCAGUCAUUCGUUGGAGAGACAGGAAGAGAGAAGGUCGCUUGGUGCUCUUGUGUAUCUUCUACACGUCAAUUUCAAAGAUGCGGGUGUUGGCAGUAGCGCUAGCAGUGUUGGCAAUCAGCGGCCAGUCACGCGGCUGCUUCUUUUGGAAGGGAGAAUGCAACGACACGGCCUCCGCGGACGUCAGCAGCACGCGCACGUCCAACGAUGAGGAGCGCAUCGUGAACAACCCGCCAGGAGGCCCCAACGCGGCCGCUCCCUCCAACGGGGACCUGGCGGCCAGCCUCGUCGGCCUUCUGAACGGAGGUGCAGCAGGCGGCCUCGGGGGUCAAGGGGGCGGACUCGGGGGUCAAGGGGGAGGUCUCGGGGGUCAAGGAGGCGGUCUCGGAGGUCAAGGAGGCGGUCUCGGAGGUCAAGGAGGCGGUCUCGGAGGUCAAGGAGGCGGUCUCGGAGGUCAAGGAGGUGGCGUCGUUGAUGAAGGUAUAACAGCUUGUAACAACGGAUUGGGCGUCUGCGUGCCCUAUUAUCUUUGCAACGAAGGAAACGUUAUAACGGACGGCGCAGGCCUCAUUGAUAUCAGGUUUGGCAACAGCAAGAAAUCUAACGACACCAGCACCAGAUCCAGUUCCGACUGCCCGCAGUUCCUCGACGUCUGCUGCACCAAUCCGAACCCUCCGGACGUGGUCACGCCCGCCCCCUACACGCCCCGCUGCGGCAAGAGGAACUCGCAAGGCUUCGACGUCCGCAUCACUGGAUUCAAGGAUAACGAGGCCCAGUUCGCGGAGUUCCCCUGGAUGACAGCCAUCUUGCGGGUGGAGAAAGUCGGCAAGAAGGAGCUGAACCUUUACGUGUGCGGCGGCUCCCUCAUUCAUCCAUCCAUCGUUCUCACAGCUGCUCACUGCGUUCACUCAAAGGCUGCAAGCUCACUCAAGACCCGCUUCGGAGAGUGGGACACCCAGAAGACGUACGAGCGGUACCCUCACCAGGACAGGAACGUCAUCAGCGUGAAAAUCCAUCCGAAUUACAACUCUGGUGCUCUCUACAACGACUUCGCUCUCCUCUUCCUUGACAGUCCCGCUACACUGGCCCCCAACGUGGACACCGUCUGCCUCCCGCAAGCAAACCAGAAAUUCGACUACGACACCUGCUGGGCUACCGGCUGGGGCAGGGACAAGUUCGGCAAGGAGGGAGAAUUCCAAAACAUCCUCAAGGAGGUGGCUCUCCCCGUCGUCCCCAACCAUGACUGCCAGAACGGGCUUAGAACUACUCGGCUCGGAUCUUUCUUCCAGCUACAUAACUCCUUCAUGUGCGCUGGCGGCCAGCAGGGGAUCGACACGUGCAAGGGUGACGGCGGGUCCCCCUUGGUGUGCGAGGCAGUGGCGGGCUCGGGCGUGUACGUCCAGGCGGGCAUCGUGGCCUGGGGCAUCGGGUGCGGCGAGCAGGGCGUCCCUGGGGUCUACGCCGACGUGGGUUACGCCUCGGACUGGAUCCAGACCGAAGCCAAUAUUGGUCUUGCUUCCCUCUACAGUAUCCAAGGAUAUAACUGGGACUACGGAAGAUUUAUAAAAAAAUUAGAUCUCGGUUUCAUAACGCACAGGCAUUAUUAUCACCAGAGCAUGCGAAAAGUUCCCAACCCAAUACAACAGCAAAAGUCUCACAUCGAGAGUGCCAUUACAAGUCCUAUGCCUAUCACGCAACGGGAAACCCAGCACUUAGACAAUAGUACUCAGAUAUCAACCGGCCCCGGCAUGUCUAGGCGACACUCAGCGCCCUGGCUUUCUCCUGAACACACAUACGAGAGGAUCAGCUCACUCAUUUACUGGACAAGGAUGCGUGUACUCGCUACGGUGUUAGCUCUUGCAGCUGUGGCCUCUGCAGUGCCCAGGGUUCGACGUCAGGCAGAGCCAGAGGUAUACUGUAACAACAACAGGGACAUAUGCGUACCCUAUUACCUGUGCAGGGACGGAAUAGUUAUUACAGAUGGAAGCGGUCUCAUCGAUAUUAGAAUCAAGCCUCGACUCGGCGGGAACAAUACAUCGGCCACGAGGUCUGGAACCCCAGAGCCCGCGAGGUCUUCAGCCACGGAGUUUAUUUCUGAGUGCCCAAGCUUCCUCGACGUCUGCUGCACCGACCCCACCCGCAAACCUCCCCCACCUCCGAAGUAUGUAUCACAGUGCGGCAGACGGAAUGAAGAGGGAGUCAACGCACGCAUUGUUGAUUUUCCUGCCAACCAGGCGCAGUUCGGCGAAUUCCCAUGGAUGGCGGCGGUGCUAAGGACGGAAUACUCGGAGGAUAAUGUGGAAGAAAAGCACUACGUCUGCGGCGGCUCCCUCAUCCACCCUCAGGUUGUUCUCACAGCUGCCCACUGUGUCUACAACAUCAACCCAACCACCCUCAACGUCCGCCUUGGGGAAUGGGACACCCAGAAGGCUUAUGAGCUUUACCCACACCAGGACCGCAACGUCGGCUACGUCGUCACCCAUCGCGAGUUCAGUCACACUAACCUCUUUAACGAUUUCGCUCUCCUCUUCCUCGACUCCCCCGUGGAACUCGCACCUAACGUGGACACCGUUUGUCUCCCCGAACAAGGACAGACAUUCGAUGGGUCCUACUGCUGGGCUACUGGCUGGGGCAAGGAUAGGUUCGGGAAGGAAGGAGUGUUCCAGAACGUCUUGAAGGAGGUUGAGCUCCCCAUUGUUAGCCAAUACGACUGUCAGGAAUCCCUUCGCACAACCAGGCUUGGUAAACUUUUCAAACUGCACCCAUCCUUCACCUGCGCAGGCGGCAUCGCUGGCGUCGACACUUGCACAGGUGAUGGAGGAUCUCCCCUGGUGUGCCUGGGGCUGGGUAACAGUUACGUCCAAACAGGCAUAGUGGCUUGGGGCAUCGGCUGUGGAGAGGACAAUGUUCCUGGCGUCUAUGCUAACGUGCCUGCUUUCGUCAACUGGAUCAAGGAUAAUGUAAACUCCAUCCUCCUACAAGAGUUCAACUAUGACAACAAGAACUAUUGGUAAAUAAUGCGAAGCUGAUGUCCAGGCACUAAGAAUGCCGUUCCGAUGCAGCAAGUCGCUUGUCCGAGCUUUCACCUUGUGGCGGUAGAGCCAAGAAGUCCCUGCGUCAAGUUCAAUGAAAAGUUAUCAUUCUAUUUAUCGUGUCGUCUAUUUAUACCAAUAAAUUUUAUAAAAUAUUCAA